CCAAGAUGAAGAACCUGGCUGUAGUCCUGGCAAUAGCCCUGAUUGUAACUGACCUCACUACCCUGACUGGCCUACCUCUGGAAAGCCUUCUAACCAACCAGAGAUGCAGAUGCCGCAAGCAAACCUCAGAUGUCAUCAGUGCUUGGAAGAUUAGAUUUAUUGAGGUGAUUCCUCAGGGGAUUCAGUGUAGAAGGAAGGAGAUUAUACUUACCCUGAAGAGUAAACAGAGAGCCUGCGUGCAUCCCAAUGCACCGUGGAUCCAGAUAUUGCUUCAUAAGCUGACGCAGAGUAACAGCGUCAGUGCAGUGCAAUUCUUUGACUGACUUUUCCCAGUAAAGGAAACCGACAAGAUGCAGGCUUACUAAUGGACUGAAAUUCCUUUCCUGGAAAGCAACGAUUCACCGAUUUCCCAACUACUAUUAUUACUUUGUUAUACUAUUUUUUACUCUACUAAGCAUGUUUAAGGGCUGCAGUUUGAAAAAUCUAUAGUUACUUGUGGUUGCCCUCAUCAACCUCAGGGGAAAGAGUAUGGAUUUGUGCCUAUUUUGAUUGGAACAGUAAGCAUGAACUCUGCCUUGUGAAUGCUUAAUAUUUCUACUGAGACAAAUACUGUGAAGAGCUUAGCUCCAAAUAUGUUGUGGAGAGGAUUCAAGUGGACCCUCCCUAUUCUUGCAGAAGUUAACUAUGAAAUAACUAAUAAGUGUACUACUGUACCCUAUAUCACAGGGUAAAACUCAUCUUCUUCAGCUGUCAGUAAAAGUGCAUCGCUUCCCUCCUGCUAGCUCUCACCCUGGUACUUGGCACCUCCUUUCAAGCGCUCUAUAACUCUGUCCCCCCGACCACCUCUAAUUAUAGACCCUCAACUCCACCAGUGCUUCCACCCAUUUGUCAAUGUCUUGAACAACUGCCUCCGUGUCGUCUUCCACAUGGCCCCCUAGGCAAGGUAUGACCUGUGAGAAUCCAUCUGCAAGGCUGUAAGGAUAAGGCCUUUGUAGCCAUAUUGCAAGGCGCAAGGCCUUCAUCUGCAGUCAGGUUAAAAGAACAGCAGCCGUUAGCGAAGAACCAGGAAGUCACAUCCUUACAGUCCAUCUAAAUUACAUUAAAACAAUGUAAUAUCGGCUGUUAAGGAGACCCCGUCCUAAUGGCCUCCACUAUCGCCAGAUAAAGAAACCGAUCUUAAGAUGGUUAAAGAAAACUUAGUUUGACAACCUUAUCAGUAAUGGUGGUUGUGAAAUCCUCAUUUCUUUAUUGUUUUGUCAUUAUGGUCCCCGCUUCCCUAUUGUCUGUCUGUCUGAUCUCUGUCCGGUUCUUUAAUUGUUUGUCUGUUACAUCAUUAAUUUUGGUAGGUGUAAAUUAAUUAAGGUGGUGGGGUAGGAUUGGUUAGAGAAUUUCGGUAGGAUUGGGUAGUUAAAUUUUAGUUAAAUAAUUGGUUAAGGUCUAGCUCAGCAGGGCUCAAGUUUCACUAUAUAAACUGGGUCCAAAAGAAAGUUCUUUGGGAACAAACUCCAGGACACAGCGCCAAGAACAGAGCUGCCAAACUUCAACACUCUGCCAAUGACACCGUGCAGAAACUGGAGUUCCCCCAGAUGGACCUGAUCCUGACUGGCCAUCAAGUUCAUCUGCCUGAUUGGGAGUGGUGAGCACUGUACGUGUAGUGUGUGCAGUCUGGUUUUGGUGCUUGUUCAUAAAUAGAGGAUAAGGAUAUUACCAUGUAAGGCUCUUUCACUGGUAAAAGGUCCUGCAAACCCGCAGAAAAUUACACCCUGAGCCCAAGGAAUUGGGGGAGGGUGGGUACUUAAACUGACAGGGUUAUGCCUGAGCCCUAGGAACGGGGUAAGGGUGGGUGCCCUAGAGUGUGUG